AACCGGAAACUGUAGCUGCUCGCGUAAAGGCCAGGAGCAAGCGUUGGCCACAUGUGUUUUGUAGACCGCUUUUCCGUGGAAAAAGAUCACCGAAAAUGCCGUGUUUACGUAAUCUGUGGUAACGUGACGUUGAAACGGUGCUCCUGAACUCGCUGCUAUUGUGACAAAAUUUUUAGCCUGUAUUCAAGCCAGUCAAAAAAGAUUUGCAAAAUAUAAAGAAGAACGUAAAGAAGAAAAAUUACUUGUACUAACAAGGUGUACCCUGGUUGUCUGCUAACUUCCUUUUUUCUACUUGGCACGUAUUGCAUAUACUGAUAUAUUUUCUCGACAUUUUUCAUCCAUAAAAAAGGUAGAUUUAAUCAUUAUUUAAUUAUUUAUCAUAGAUCAAAAAAAAAUUUAUACCGGCUCAUUUUUGAUCAUUUUGUGAAAUCGCCGAGUCAGCGUGUUCUUAACCACGCAACUUAUUUCCUCAUGUAAAUGUAUUAGAAAUUCUUCGUACAUUCAAUUAUCGUGAUAAAGAUUUUUGUCAAAAAAUUUUUUUUUCACUGGAUAAUGAAAAAAAUCUAACACAAGUGAAAUAAAAAAAAAAACUGUUAGAUAUUCGAUAACGACCGCAUGUGCAUACCGCGCCUUCUGGAAAGAGCGAUACCUCGUGACGAGAACAUUGAGUGGGCGUUCUCUUAUUAACAAAAUAACUAACGACUGGCUUUUUAUAUUCGUGUAUAAUUUUUAUUAAAUUUAACGUGUCCGUGCAUUAUUGCACGAAUUUCAAGAAGAGAUGCGUCUAAUUCACGGCAUGGAGGACAUGCUUAAAUUGAUGCUUUAAAGCCGAAUCAACACACGAAAUAUUUUGAAUCUCCGAUCAAAUAACGAGAAUAUUCGGGUAAAUUAAUGUAUCCGAAAGUGUUCAAUGUUCCUCAGGACUCCUCAACUGCCUGAGAGGAAGUAACAUCUUAUAAAAUUUUUUCGAGCCAAAUUCUCGUGGUCGGACUACCUCGUGUUUUGUCUUUCGGCGCGUACUAUUCAAGAUGGCGGCCAAGGUAGCCAACAGCACUCAGGGAAGUACCGAAAGAGAACAGUGCCCCGGGGUCUCUUAUGCAAGUAUCUUAAAUCCAAAAAGCAGCAAUGAGAUCCGAACUGUUAAUAAGGGUAAUAAUAAAGAGAAUAUUGGUGAUCAAGUAGUUCAACAGCAAUCAGUAUCUAUUAAUCGUAUUGCUUCUCAAAGUCUAACUGCUAAAGGAAAAUCUUAUCAAAGAACUGGAAGAAGAGUUAAUUCACAAAAUAAAAUUGAAAAGCGUUAUGGAAAUGAAUUACCACCAACUGCAGAACAAAGCCAAUUAUUUAUACAAAAAGAAAAUUUAGUUGAGCAACGACAAGAACCUAUUCUUGAAAAUGAACAAUUAAAUGGUGAUAUUGGAAGUGAUGGAGAGUUUCAAACAGUAGCACCAAAAAGUGCUAGAAGGAAAGAAAAAUUACGAGAACAACAGAGAGAUUUAUUUAGAGAACGACAGAGAUAUCGUGAUCACAGAUAUCCUCUUCGUGGUCAUAUUGGAAGUAAUGAAAGAUCAUAUAAAGAACGAGAUCGAGGAGAUAAAGGAAGUAUAGAUCAUAAUAUGGGAAAUAAGGAUAUUCAAAAAGAUAAAGAAGAAGCAGAAACAGAAUCAGAAUUUCAACCUCCAAUUAAAUAUGUUGAAGCUCCUUUACCUGCAGUUAAUCCUUGGACCAAAAGUAAAAUUGUACCACCAACAACAUCUUCAAAUCUUGUUACUGCCAUAUCUUCAGGAAAUGUAACAUCUAUCGAAAAACAGAUUGAAAAAGAGAAAAGAGUACUUCAACCUCAACAACAACAAGGUAUUAUUGAAAAUGGCAUUAACGCCGGAAAUCAUCCGACUAUUGUGACAGCCACAAAAGAUAGAAGAAAAUUUAAUCGAAAGGCGAGCGACUUCUCCGAUAUUGGUGAUUGGCCAACCUUGGAAGCUUCAGGAGAGAAGAAAACAGUCGUGGCAGUACAAAAGCAAAAUGGUAUAAUUGAACAAAAUUAUAGUAAAGAAAGUAGUGGUAGUGCUGUUGAAAGUAGGGGAAAGGAAAAUAAGGAACAAAACCAUUGUCAAGAUGAUAAUGAAGAACAUAUAGAUGGUAGUGAAAAAAAAAAGAAAGUAAAUAAACAAAAAUGGGUACCAUUAGAAAUAGAUAUAACAAAAAACCGAAGUAAAAGAGAUCGUUCUCCAAAGUAUCACAAUCAAAGAGAAAAGAAUGGAGAAGAAACAGAUUCGUAUAGAAGUAGGGAACAUGAUAGACCUGCAUAUAUCACAAGAGGUGGACGAGGUGGACGAAGUUACAGAGGAAGAGGAGGACGAGGUGGACGAGGCGCCUACCGUGGUAGUUUUAGACAGAGGCAUGAUCAAGUCUACAUGCAGAUGCACAAAUUUGGGCUUCUAGAUCCUAAUUACAUGAUGGCUUACAUGGGAACGUUUUAUUUUAAUAAUACAAAUUUCAUUAAUAUAAAUACAACAACACUCAAAGAAUUUUUAAGAAAUCAAAUAGAAUAUUACUUUAGCGAGGAAAAUCUUCUAAGAGAUUUUUUUUUGCGUCGUAAAAUGGAUGCACAAGGCUUUUUACCUAUUACUUUAAUUGCAUCUUUCCAUCGUGUACAAACUUUGACGACAGAUGUUGGACUUGUUAUUGAAGCAAUUAUGGAAUCUGAUAAAUUAGAAUUAGUUGAUGGAUUUAAGGUCAGAACGAAAAUAGAUCCUUUGAAGUGGCCUAUCUUGGAUGCAGCUGGAAAUCCUGUGUUUUCGGAAUCAUCUAAUACUUCUAAUCCGUCUCAAAACGAAGUAAUACUCUCCUCCACGUCUGAAUCAGAUUUUUGCCCUGCUGCUAGACCCUUAUCAACGAUUCCUAUUCCCCCAGUUCCGCGUAUUCUUCAAUCCAACCACAUUAUCCCAACAAUAGGAAGGCUCAGUGAAUCAGAAAGCAUAUCCUCGUCAAUAGGCGACAGUUUAAAUCCUGACGUACCGGAGUUCAUACCGAAUGAACUGACAGAAAAAAAUAAUGAACCUAUUGCGGCUGAUAGUAAAAAUGAACAAACUAAGACAGAAGAACAGUCAAAAGAAAUGAAAAUCAUUCCAGCACCGAGUAACGAUUCAUCACUGUUCUCGAGAAAUGAAUUCUCGAAACCGGAUGAUGAAAUGUCUACAACGGUCAAAUGUUCUAGUCCAAGUUCAGCACCAAAAGUGCAAAUUAAUGGAGAAUCACAAUCGGCCAAUAAUGUUUGGAAAGAGGUAAGGCGAAGGGUGAAACCAUCACAUAAGGAGAAAAGCGAAGAAAAAGAGAAAGUUGAUAACGUUAAAAAUGAAGAAAGAGAAGAAUUAGACUUUCAAUUUGACGAGGAACUUGAUACACCACCACCAACUGGCCGGCACAAUGCAUUUUCUGAAUGGUCUGAAGAUGAUGAAGAUUAUGAAUUAUCAGAUAGAGAUGUUAAUAAACUUCUAAUUUUUACACAAACAACGGUGCCUAUAUCGACGCGUAUUCCAAAACACGAGGGUCAUGAUCGAACCGGUGACUGGACAACUAGAGUAAAAAUGACCCAAGAACUUGAGCAAGCCAUCAAUGAUGGAUUGUAUUAUUAUGAAGAAGACUUAUGGAUAAAAGAUGGUCAACGGUAUGGAUCCUCAUCGUCAAUUGGAAGCUAUAAAACUGUCAAUGUAAUUAGUCAAGAAGAUUUUGAGAAAAUGGCUCCUAAAGCACCUAAAAAAGCCAAUCCAGAAGUUCCUCCUCCUCCGCCAUCUGCAAUAGAAGAUAUGGAAGUAUCACAUUCACUUCCAACACAGGUAAUAACAAGUGUUGACACUCAAGAAAGAAAAGAUCGUCGUGUAGAUAAAAAUCGUUGGAAUGAUAAAUCAAGAAAUAGUAGAAAUGGUAGAAGGGGAGUAGUUCCUCGUUUCUUUGCGGUAGUAAAAGAUGAACCUUCAGUCGAUCCUAGGACACCGCGAAAAAGAAAGACACGGCAUAGCAAUAAUCCUCCUGUUGAGCAUCAUGUUGGUUGGAUUAUGGAUGUUCGAGAGCAUCGACCGCGUACAUAUUCUACAGGAAGUAGUGCUGGGACAAGUCCAAAUGAAGGUUACCUUGCGAGUAGUUAUGGAAGCGCACCACAAUCUUUACCUACUUUUCAUCAUCCGAGUCAUGCUCUUUUGAAGGAGAAUGGUUUUACGCAACAGGUCUAUCACAAAUAUCAUUCGCGAUGUUUAAAAGAACGCAAGAGACUUGGAAUCGGCCAAUCUCAAGAAAUGAACACACUUUUCCGUUUUUGGUCAUUCUUCUUACGAGAGAAUUUCAAUCGUACUAUGUAUGAAGAAUUCAGGACUGUAGCCAAAGAAGAUGCUUCAGAGGGUUAUCGAUAUGGUUUGGAAUGUCUUUUUAGAUUUUAUAGUUAUGGUUUGGAAAAAAGAUUUAGACAUGAUCUUUAUAAAGAUUUUCAAGUCGAAACGAUACAAGAUUACGAAAGUGGUCAACUAUAUGGCUUAGAAAAAUUCUGGGCGUUCUUAAAGUAUUAUAAACAUUCUGAUCAACUUCAAAUAGAUCCUAAAUUACAGGAGUAUUUAUCCAAGUUCAAGAGCAUUGAAGAUUUUAGAGUAGUUGAGCCUCAAAUAAAUGAAAUGCUACAAGCAUUUGCUGCAAAUUCACGAUCUCAGGCUGCGAAAAGACGAAAUAGAAGUGUGUCCGAAAGUGCAGGUGAUGGUGAUAUUUCGUCCACCAAUAGAGUUCGUCGAUUAUCUGGCGGUUCCAGUACUGUAACACUGCCAAUCUCGAGUUCUGAAAACAAUCCUAUUGCGCAAAAAUCUCGGGUGGAAUCAGUGAAUCUUUCACAAUUUCGUAACAGAGCUGGUUCGUUCGGAUCUGGACGAUUAGCCCAUUCCAGAAGACGGAACGACACUGCUUCUUCUUUCUCGAAUAGUCAACGAGAUUUAAAUAAACAACAGCAAUCACGAAGCAGACAAAAUUCUGGCUCUUGUACAAAGCCUCAGGAAGUGAACAGCAAAUCUCAAAAUAGAGAUCGUUUGCAGAUGACUUCGAAAUUCGAGCAGAUGAAGUCGGUUACAAUCAAGACGGAUAGUACGUCAAUUUCUCAAAAAUGAGAUCAGCUUGAAAACCGAAGGGUAAGUGCAUAAGCACUUACUCGAUUUGCUAAAAUGAAUAAGUGCGUUGCUCCUGGGAUAGGAAUAAUACUUGUUCUAAGGAAAGGGAAUAUUUCGUUUGAAAAAUAAUACAGAAGGUCACAGUGUUCUAGAAUGUGUAAAAGAAUAAGCACAAAAUUCUGUAUAUAAAAAGAUGAACUGAUCAGCGCAAUUUUAACUUUGUUGAAGAUCGUUAGGGAAGAAUAAUGAAACUGUAUGUGACGCUAUAAGCGAAGGUGGGAGAUUUCCUUCGUCUCUAAGAGAAGUUCAUCGAGCUGUUUUUAAGGUAGUUCGUUAAGGUUGUAUUUACGAAUAUACAUAUAUUCAAUUAUUCUUGCUUAUAUCAGGAAUAUAUUAAACUCAGAUUAAACUCUGCUCAGUUCAUCCGUUAGGAUACUUGCUAAAAUUGUAGCAGCAAAGAAAAAAGGCCAUCCAGAUUGAAUGAGCACAUCUGGAGAAUCCAGACAC